AUUAUUGGAUGAGCACAAACAUUGUAAACUUUGUAUUGAGAAGAAGUGAAUCAUGGAAAGAUUAAGGUGUGUGUUCCUUGCAUUAUUCCUUGAUAUUUAUGUGGUCCUAUUACUUAUCACAUCCCCUGUUUGUGAGAGUAAUAAUAAUGUAACUAAACCAUCUUCUAAGAAACAUGGAAUUGCUUUCUUCAUCUUUGGAGAUUCCUUCUUGGAUGCCGGUAACAACAACUACAUCAACACCACAACUCUUGACCAAGCAAAUUUCUGGCCUUAUGGAGAGACUUACUUCAAGUUCCCCACCGGAAGAUUCUCCGAUGGCCGGUUGAUAUCGGAUUUUAUUGCUGAAUAUGCUAACCUACCAUUGAUUCCACCUUUUCUACAACCGGGGUUUCGCCAUUAUUAUAAAGGAGUGAACUUUGCUUCUUCAGGGGCUGGUGCUCUGGUCGAAACGUUUCAAGGAUCGGUGAUCGAUCUGAAAACUCAGGUAAGGUACUAUAAGAAGGUAGAGGGUUGGUUGAGAAAUAAGUUGGGGAAUGUUGGAGGUGAAUUGAUGUUGUCUAAUGCUGUCUACUUAAUUAGCAUUGGCAGUAAUGAUUAUUUGAGCCUUUUCUUAACCAAUUCCACCAUCCUCAAAACCUACUCCAAAUCACAGUACAUUGAGAUGGUCAUUGGCAACUUGACAACUGUCAUCAAAGAUAUAUAUAGCAGUGGGGGUAAAAAAUUUGGAUUUAUAAACUUGCCAGAAUUUGGUUGUUUACCGGGCUUGAGAGUAACUAACCAAGAUGGUAACUAUAAGUGCAUAGAAGAAGCUUCAUCUUUAGCAAACUUACAUAACAAAGCUCUUUCAAAGCUUCUCAAUAAACUAUCAAAGCAGUUGAAGGGCUUCAAAUAUUCACUCUAUGACCUCAACACCAAUCUCAGAAAGAGAAUGAUUACUCCAUCUUACUACGGGUUCAAGGAUGGAGAAAGGGCUUGCUGUGGAACAGGGGAAUUUAGAGGAGUGUUUAGUUGUGGAGGAAAAAGAAUCGUGAAGGAUUAUCAACUUUGUCAGAAUCCUAAUCACCACAUUUUCUGGGACUCGUACCAUCUCACUGAAAUUGCUUACAAACAAUUUGCCCAUGAAAUGUGGACAGGCCCACGCACUGUAGUUGGGCCUUACACUAUGAAAGACCUCUUUCAGGCCCACUAAACAAUGUGUCUUCUACUAAUUCUCCAUGUUAUUAUUUUCAAAUUUAAUUUAUAAUAUAGAAAAUAUAUAAAAUAAA